AUGGCCAGAAAAAACCCGGCCCGGUCGCAGAAAAAACGCUCGCAGCGCAAGGUGCUCGACGCGUUCCACCUCGCCGAGCGCGCCGCGGGCGCUGGCGCCGACUCGGACGACGCCAGCGGCGACGACUUGCACGUCCGCGACGGCAUCAUGGAUGCCCGCAAGUUCCUUAAAACCCAUGGCGACAGCCAUGCCGACAGCGCGCUCGACGACGACGACUUGGACUCGGACGAGGCCUUGGCGCUGGACGACGAUUUCGACGUGCUCAGCUCCAAGUUCUCGCACACGCUCCGCGCCCAGCACAAGGCGCGGCGCGGCGCGCCACAAACACAGCCUGCCCUGGACUCGGACUCGGACGCCGCGUAUCACAGCGUGGACGAGGCCGAGUUCGUGCCGCUCUCCGAGGCCUGGGCCAUGGACGACCGCGACUUGGCGGCGGCGCGGCGCACGCGCGACGUGGUGUUGGACGACCGCUGGGACUCGGAGUCCGGGUCGGAGUCUGGGUCUGGCUCGGAGUCUGGCUCCGGGACGGAAUCCGGCUCCGACCCCGACUCCGGCUCCGAGUCCGACGACGCCAUGCUCCGCGGCUCCGGCUCCGACGCCGAGCCCGACUUGGCCGCCACCACGCGCACCGUGCAGCGCGCCGUGGGCGCCGUGCCGCGCCACCGCCGGCUCGUCGCCGAGACCAUCGCCGAGAACGAGCACAGCGUGCCCACGCGCGGCGGGCAGCUCCGCUUGGCCGACAUGGUGGCGGCCGGCAGCGCGGCCGCCGCGCCGCUCGUGGCCACGGACGCCGACGACACGGCCGCCGGCACGCUCGCGGUGCCGCUCCCCAAACACGUCCAGGACCGCAACGACCGGCGCGUGGCGUACGAGCUCAGCAGACAGGACGUGGCGCGCUGGCAGGAGUCCGUGCGGGCGCUCCAGGCCGCGGACCACGUGACGUUCCCGUUGCCGCCGCCGGCGGCCGCGGACCAGCAGGAGAUGGACGCGGAGGCGCAGGUGGACCUGCUCCGCGCCGUGCCGGAGCCCGAGCAGAAGAGCGCGCUUGCGCAGCGCGUGGACGGCGUGCUCCGUGCGGGCGCGCUCCUCGACGAGACCAACGAGGCCACGUUCGAGCAGCUCGCGGCCGCCCGGCUCUCCAAGGACGACGUGCUCCGCCGCACGCAGGAGCUCCGCCGCAUGCGCGAGCUCAUGUUCCGCGACGAGCAGCGCGCCAAGCGCAUCAAGAAGAUCAAGUCCAAGCAGUUCCGCAAGAUCCGCAAGAAGGAGCGCUUGCGCGAUGCGGACGCGGUGGCCGGCCUGGCCGAGUCCGAGCCCGAGGACCACGACAUGCGCCGCGCCGAGGAGCGCAUGUCGCUCCGCCACAAGACCCAGUCCGGCUGGGCCAGGAACAUGAUCCGCGCGGGCUUGUCCAAGGACGCGGCCUCGCGCGCCGAGCUCGAGGAGAUGCUCCGUGCGGGCGAGCGCUUGCGGGCGCGCCAGAUGGGCCACGCGGACGGCGAGCCCAGCGACGCGGACGUGUCGGACGUGGAGCGCGACUACGCCGCGGACGACGCGGCCGCACCCGCCGACGCCUCGGCCCGCGGCCGCCUCGGCAAGGGCGUGUUGGCCAUGGACUUCAUGACGGCCGCGGCCGCCAAGCAGCGCCGCGCCAACGAGCGCGAGAUGGCCUUCGUGCGCUCCAUGGGCGAGACGGGCAUCGAGCUGUUUGGCCAGCCCGCGGACUCCGUCAACCAGCUCCACAACCAGGGCCGCCGCGUGUACGCGCCGGCGGCCGUGGCGCUGCGCGAGGCCUUGGCCGACGUCGAGGACGACACGCUCCGCGACUUCCGCGACGACGAGGCCAAGAGCUUGGACGCGCGGCUCGCGGACCGCCUGUCCCGCGCCGCCGCCGACGGCCCGGUGCUGGACUCUGCGGACGGGCCGCCGCCAAAGAGGCUUCGUGUCGAGGAGCACGACGACAACGGCGACGGCUCAGAGACCAACCCGUGGCUCGCCGCGGCCGCCGCGGCGCCCAAGUCGCAGAAGUACUCCACGGUCACGGAGGACUCGUCCAGGUUGGACAAGGCCGCACACAAGAUCGCCAAGCGCAGCGGCAAGAAGGCCGCGGGCGCCGCGCGCGAGCCGGACACGUACAUCGACUUGGACAAGGUCAUGAGCAUCGGCGGCAACGUCAUGGGCAGCGAGGACGAGGACGACCAGGCCGACACGCGCAUGUUCCGCCAGCAGAACCUCAUUCUGGAGGCGUUUGCGGGCGACGACGUGGUGGCCGCGUUCCGCGCCGAAAAGGCCCAGGUCGAGGAUGCCGAGGCCGACCGCGAGGAGGACGCGACGUUGCCGGGCUGGGGCGGCUGGGGCGGCGCCGGCGCCCGCGGCAAGCCCAAGAAGAAGUUCGUGCGCAAGGUCGACGGCGUGGCCCAGAAGGACCAGCGCCAGGACCGCGGCUUGGACAACGUCAUUGUCAACGAGUCCGUGAACAAGCACAACCUCAAGUACCAGUCGCUGAGCGUGCCGUUCCCGUACGAGUCGCGCGAGCAGUACGAGCGGGCCUUGCGCAUGCCGGUGGGCGAGGAGUGGGCGUCGCGGGCCACGCACCAGAAGACCAUUCUCCCACGUGUGGAGGUGAAGCAGGGUGUGGUGAUCGACCCGAUGAAGGCGCCGUUCAAGUGA